AUGAUGGUUCCUAAAAGCUUAUGUGAUGAGAUUGAACGCAUUGUUCGAAAGUUCGUUUGGGGAUCCACUAAUGGUGAUAGUUCAUGGAAUUUAGACAUUUUUCAAUUAUGGGUUUCAGAAGAGAUCAUUAAUAAAAUUGUUGGAAUUCCACCGUCGCAUCCUUCUUUGGGCCCAAAUAAAAUAGUAUGGGGUGCUACUUCGACUAACUUAUUUUCUCUCAAAAGUGCUUAUGAGAAGAUUCGAGAUGGUACUCUGAAUCCUAAAGAACAUAUUUGGGAGAUGCCUUGGAGAUUUAAUGGACCUCAACGAAUCUAUUUCUUCUUAUGGCUUGCCUUCAAGCGCCAUUUACUUACGAAUUCUGAAAUGACAAUGAGAGGCAUUGGGAAUAGCAGCGCUUGUGGGUUUUGUGGACUCAGGAUGUGUUACAUGUACUCAGAGAUUGCUCUGCUGCUAGAAUCAUUUGGGACAAACUUAUUCCAGAAGAAAGACUAUCCAAAUAGCAAUUGGGUAAGCUUGAGAACAGAUGGGUUGGUUAGACUUGAUGAAGGCUUUGCAGCAGCUGGAAGUUUUGUGAGUGACCAUAAUGGUGGGUGGAUCAUGGGAUUCUGUAGGUAUUUGGGCAAUUGUACAAUGGUAGAGGCUGAGCUUUGGGGGAUCUUAGAUGGUUUAAAUCUUAUUUUGGACAGACGGUUCGAAAGGCUCUUAAUCCAAACUGACAUUAUUGAAGUUGUUAACGCUAUUCAAGAAAGUUCUUCAAGAAAUUCUAAUUUUGCAAUUUUCAGAAGAUUUCAUCUUAUCCUUAAAAUGGUAAAACAGUGGAGGAUUCAACAUAUACCUCGUGAAGAGAAUCUAGUUGUUGAUACUCUGGCCAAGUCAGUUCGUUCUAGAAGGCUAGGCUUAAGAUUGGUUAAGGAUCUUCCUAUGAGGAUUUAA